AUGUUGAACCAGGUCAGAAGUCUGAUGGACAAGAACUCAAAACUAGAAGCGGCUAAUCUGUCUCUGGAACAGGAACUCAGAUUGGAAAAGUCAGCUCUUAUGCAUGUGGAGACAAAUUUGGCUCAGAAAGAGGCAGUUAAUGAAUCCACAACAAAAGCUAUUGUGACUAGAGCAGAGCUAUCAGAAAAGAAGGCUAGGGAUCUACAGAAGCAGCUUGAGGAAGUCACUGACAAGAUGCUGAAUGUGGAAAAACAGCUGGCCCAGGCUGAUCUAGGUGAUGUCCAGCUGCAGGACAUGAAGGACACAGUGUUGGCAGUACGCCAUCAGUUAGAGGGAGAGAAGUUACAGAGAUCCAUUUUAGACCAGACGACGGCUGAACUGAAACACCAGGUGGCUUUGUUGAAGCAGAGUGAGUCAUCACUGAGGACAGAAAACAAAGAGCUUCAGCACACAAUUCUGGAUUUGGAGUCACAUCUGAAUAUUCUACAGGACAAGAGUGAUAUAGAUGUGAAAAUGCAGCAUCACGUCUGUGAUGUGAGUAAAGAUGCACUGUUGGCCCAGAUCAGCCGACUUCAAAAGGAGGUCAAGGACCUGCAGCAUGAACUGUCCAGCAUGAGUGAAAGAAGAGAUGCUGACAUGCAGAGAUAUGAGGAGCGUAAGCUGAGAACAAAGGCAAAGCUCAUGAAAGCCAGGACAUUAUACACUGCCGAACGCAGCAGAUAUCUUGAGCAUAUGAAGAAUAUGGAGGAGGAUUUACGUUUGACUCAUGCUUCCCUGGACAAGGAAAAAGACUGGGGAAAGAAGAUGGAUGACAGUUACAAGAUGUUGCUGAGGGAGAAGCGAGGUCUGAUAACUCAACUGUCGGAGGUGGAGGAGGCUUUGAGAGACCAGGCACGGACUUUAUCCAUGGCUCAAGCAAAAGUGACCUACUUAGAAGACGAGAACUCUCGGUUGCAGAGCCAGCUGCAGGCUAUCACAGAAGAGAAGCAACAUUUGAAUAAACUGUUGAAGAGUCAUAACUUAGUACAU